CACUACUCAAUCGUUCGUCAGCAAUUCGUCGGUUUUGUUGUGUAUUAUAAUAGGGUAGCGGUAGGGAGUGUUUUUGUAUACAGCUAGAUAUUGUAUCUCUCGAUUCUCGUAUAUAAAUCUACCCCGACCUAAAUUCCAAUUGGAUUAAUAUCUUUUAUUGGAGGAUAUUUUUGGUGUUGUUAUUUUAUUUUUUUGAAAAGCAAAAGCGAUGCAAUUAUCACACUGCACUUGCAUACUUAAAUGAGCUACCAUCUAAGGUUGCAAUCAACACCCAUCAUCACAUCUAAAGUGAUCGCGAAACGCGCGCUUCGUGGAUUCGAUCGGUUAAGUGAAGAUUCAAACCAUAUUUAAACCUAAUUAAUCAAAAAUAAGUAUAUUUGUAUCUGUGAGUGGUAAAAAGGGGCUUCUGUGAAAAAAUAUAAUUCAAUUUCAACCCAAUGAAACGAUCGUUGCUUUUUCUGUGAAGUGUGCUUUUAGCGUGAAAAAUAGAUUUACCCAAAGUGUCGUCCUGAUUAAUUAUAUCCUUUUUCUCUGGAUUAAGUGUAAAAAAGGACCAUCGGUCAAUUAUUCUAAUAACCAAUUAAAUAAAAAUAUAAAAAAAAGAAUAAGAGCAAGGAUUACUAGUUUAUUUUUCGCGAGGCUUAAGUAAUUCCUUUUUAUUUUGUGUUGGGUUUGGGUGAAGAUAUUUUCUCGUAUCUUUGUAUCUACGACUUUAGGGUCCAUGUUGCUGCUCUAACUAGAAGCGGAUGGUUUUAUUAGUGGUCGUCCUUCUUCAGUGCUUUUGAAGAUACGCGCGUUGUGUGGUUAUUUGUGUUUUAUAAAUUAAGGAAAAUUAAGGAUUCACAUAAAUAUAUACGAAGAGAGAAAAGCGAAAAUCAAACGAGAUAUAAAAAAGGAUAUAAUACACGUCAUCAUCUUACUACUGCUGGUGUAUAGUAAAUCUCAAAAGGAAGGAUAUACAUAUUUAUAUAUAUUUAGCUGUUCAUCGUCGCGCAUGAAAUAUGUUUAGAUGAUACACUCCACAAUAUAAUGUUGAUAAAAGUGAAGAACAAACAUCAUUAACAUAUUAAUGCAUACAAAAAAUUACAAAAUUAAUAAUAAAACAAAAGGUACGAGUGAGAAUGUUCGACUGUGAUCCAUAGUAUUAAAAGACCAACGCACACAAAGUGCUUAUUUAAAUCUAUACGUAGGUAUAUCCGGCACCCGGAUAUAACACUCUAUAUGCAUAUAUAGCCCAAAUAUACAAACCUCAGCCUAACAAAAAGUCAUUCAGUAUAAAAUGACAGGAUUCUACGAACAAACAGCACCUACAACGCCCCGAAGGAGUCGUAUUUCAAUCACACAAUGGUCCAUAAUUUGGUUACUCUUAACGUGCCUCUUGAGUCCUGUGCUGCCGGAGGUCAUUUACCGAGUAGAUCCAUUAGCAUUGUUAGCGGCAACAUUACGAACCUAUCAGCGGGCUGGUUGUGAUUCAGAACAAUUAUCGUUGAGCUGUCCGAGAGGCACUAGCAUAUCAAUUGAGUUGGCCCAAUAUGGCCGUGCUGGAGAUUUGAGUGACCAUAGUUUGUGUCCACCUAUUUCGGGAGAGGAUACAACGACGAGAUCGGAUGGUGUUGUACAUAGUGGGACUGAAAUUGAAGUGAAACCAGCAGAAACGUGUACUGUCAGUGGGUUGCAGUACAUUCUUCUGCAGACAGUGGUCGAUGCGUGCCAAAAGAAACGUCAACGUCACUGCAAGUUUUCUGCUUCCGCCAAAUCACUUUCCGGGGAUCCUUGUUCCGGUAUCCGAAAGUUUGUUGAAAUUGCUUACAAAUGUCGACCGUAUGAGUUCCGAAGCAAAAUAGCAUGCGAGAAUGACAACAUGCCAUUGGUGUGUAAUCCUUAUUCACGGAUAGCGAUAUACAGUGCGAACUUUGGACGCACAGAACGAGAAAGCGUUCAGUGCAGCAAUGGAUCUGAUCACCCCGUCGUCGAGGACCCAAGUAGCAAACAGACCUGUCUGGUGUCGUACGCGACGGAGACAGUGAUGCAAAUCUGCCACGGGCGGAGACGAUGUUCAAUCACAGCCGAUGCCGGAACAUUCGGUCGACCAUGUAAAGGCGACGCCAAAAUGUAUUUGAAAGUUGUGUACACCUGCAUACCACGGAAAGUCCUCAAGGAUAGAUACGAAACAGCGCCGGAAUCGGAUGAACCACAACAGACAGAACUCGAUUUGGACCAGGACGAACUGUACGAUGAGGACCAAUUCUAUAAGGAAUCAGAAGCUAUACCACCCGCACCAAAGCUGCAAGGGGCAAUACCAAAUCCAGCAUUUCCAUUCGAUUUUACGGGUGACAUGAUGCCGACUAGCACAUUGAUGCCGCCCUUAUUGUCGAGAAACGAUAAUAGUUUGGAAGAUAUACGUAAAGUGAAUGGACAGUAUCCAACUUAUAAAUAUGCAUACCUUGCACUCGGCUUGCUAGAAGACGAUAACCAAUGGGAAUGUAUGCUUACUGAAUUAGGAGUGAACUGUACAACUAAACAAAUUCGCUUAUUAUUCGCUAAAGUGCUGACUACAUGUUUCCCGGCCCGAGCAGAGAUUUUUAACUUCCCAUAG